AUGGAGCCAAAAAGCGCCGUCGAAACGACCAAGACUCGCUUGGGCCUGGGCCAUUGCAGGCAUUUCUUUUGGCUAGGGGUCGUCUUCGAUGCAGUGGGCGUGGUGAUGCUGUUCACCGGGGUCUUCGCUCACCUGCUCUUCAACGACCUCCUGCUCUACCUGGGUUCAAUCAUCAUCUUCUUCAGCCUCCUCUGGUGGAUCUUCUGGUACACGGGCAACAUCGAGAUGCCCCCUGAAGAGGGCCUGAUCUUCAGCCAGCCGUUCCACCAGCACUCCUCUGUCAUGAAAGCCUUCCGCCAGAGCGUUGGACACCGCUUAUCCCUCACCAUCAAUGACGUGUCUGGUACUUUUUUGCGGAUCAGGCGGCAGCGGCGCAGGAGGAUCAUUCAAAGGGCUGCUUGUCUGUGUAUGACUGUCACGGGCCAGCUAGGAAAGGAGGACGAGAAUAAAGACAUGAAAAGUGUCACCGAGAGCAUGGACCCUCAAGUCUCUCGGAGCGAGCAGCCGAGCCCCAUAUCUGAAGGUGUCAAAAAUUCAGAGACAGCACAUUCCCCAGACCCUUCUGCUGGUCUUCCGUUGUUUGUUGAAGGAUCAUCGACCCGCCUGGUACUGCCUGUGUUCAAUCCAACCUCGCUGGACCAGUCUUCAAGGACCUUGGCCUCUCCAACAAAGUUUUUGGCCUGCCAAACCCCUCAAGGUCUGCCUCCCACCAUCCUUGCCUCUCAGAGCCUGUCUGUCUUCCCCCGAGCCUCUACUGGUCAGCCUCUGGCCAUUCCUACUCCUAGGAACCAGCCAGUAGUUUCUUUGGCCGCCACAAGCCAGCCUCCAGUUACCCUGGCCUUGAAGAUCCAGCCUGUUGUCCCUUUGGCUUCUACAACUCAGCCUCCAGGCAUACUUGCUUCGAAAAACCUGCCUGCUGUCUCCUUGUCUUCUAUGGGCCAGCCUAUGGUUAUCCUUACCUCUGAGAGGCAACCUGCAGUUGCUGUGGCCUCCGAGAGCCACCCUCUGGCCUCUCAGGCCCCUCCAGCCUCACAGAAUCAGCUACAGAAUCUUUCUCAGGCCUCUCAGACUCAGCCUCAACCGGAUCAGGGUUCUCAAACUUAG